GGGGGCGCGUGCGGUACCGGGAGCAGCCUUGAGUAGUGCUUGGCUGUGCCCUCCUGAGUGCUCCCUUGGAAAGUGGCGAUGAUCACGUUCAUGAACAAUUCCGACAGCGAGGAGGAGCCCUGCAAUGAGAGAACAUCCCUGAUGUCUGCAGAGAGCCCUCCAAUACCUUCCUACCAGGAUGGCCUGCAAGCCUCAGCAGCAGGGGAAGCACAGGCACAUAGGAAGAGGAGAGCAGGCAGCAGCCGUGGCCCCAGCAAUAUUGCUAGUGGAGAAAUGUCUGGCUCGGGUGUUCCAGUGAGAGAAAAUGCCCUGGAAAAUGAAGAGGAGGAACUGACUCUGAAAUAUGGAGCAAAGCAUGUAAUCAUGCUCUUUGUGCCUGUCACCCUUUGUAUGAUUGUUGUCGUCGCCACCAUAAAGUCAGUGCGCUUCUAUACGGAGAAAAACGGGCAGCUGAUCUACACCCCUUUCAGUGAGGACACCCCAUCUGUGGGCCAGCGUCUCUUGAACUCGGUGUUGAACACCAUCGUAAUGAUCAGUGUCAUCAUUGUAAUGACCGUGUUCCUAGUGCUGCUCUAUAAAUAUCGCUGCUACAAGUUCAUCCACGGCUGGCUGAUCCUGUCCUCCUUGAUGCUGCUCUUCCUCUUUACCUACAUAUACCUCGGUGAAGUAUUGAAGACUUACAACGUGGCCAUGGAUUAUCCCACUCUGUUCAUAGUCAUCUGGAAUUUUGGAGCUGUUGGAAUGAUUUGCAUCCACUGGAAAGGUCCCUUGCAGCUCCAGCAAGCUUAUCUCAUUAUGAUCAGUGCUCUAAUGGCAUUGGUGUUCAUUAAAUAUCUACCUGAGUGGUCAGCAUGGGUGAUUCUAGGUGCAAUCUCCAUCUAUGAUUUGAUGGCUGUUCUCUGUCCCAAGGGACCACUGAGAAUGCUGGUAGAAACUGCACAGGAGAGAAAUGAGCCCAUUUUCCCUGCAUUGAUAUAUUCAUCUGCUAUGAUGUGGACAGUUGGAAUGGCAAAGCCAGACACAGCAGCAAGGGGACCAUGUCAGCAGACAUGGGAUGCAGAGGAUGGGAGAGAACACCUCAGGAGCCCUUCACAUGCAGAGUCUCAGAUGUCAGAGAUGAGGAGUCCUGUUCCAACCCACCCCAUCACUUCUUUAGAGGAGCUCGAGGAGGAGGAAAGGGGUGUGAAACUGGGCCUUGGAGACUUCAUAUUUUACAGUGUGCUUGUUGGGAAAGCAGCUGCCACAGCUAGUGGAGACUGGAAUACCACACUGGCCUGCUUUGUAGCCAUUCUCAUAGGUUUAUGCCUAACACUUUUACUACUGGCUGUUUUUAAGAAAGCAUUGCCUGCUCUUCCCAUCUCCAUCACCUUUGGCUUGAUCUUCUACUUCUCGACAGACAACCUUGUGCGACCGUUCAUGGACACCCUGGCUUCCCACCAGCUGUAUAUUUAGAAGAAGCGGGAGUUAGAGGAUUCUUUUUCAAGCUUUGCUGUGAAGUAUGGUACAAUGUUUGGAAUAGGUCAUAAAGUUUUUACACUUAGUGCCAUAUAUUUGUAAGGAAAACACUAACUCUGUGACAUGCUAUGUACUAAAAAUCUAAUAGUUACGUGUUGAACUGAGAUUUUUCACAGGACUCUUGGUUAAAAGCCUGGCUCCUAGCUGAUGUCAGAGUGUUACUUUUAUUUUAUUUGAUGUGCACAGUGGCUGUUAGGAGCACAGAAACCUGUAUGUAGCAUGGAACACUGGAGAGGUGAGGGGUCUGAUCUUUCAGGAGCUAAGUAAGGUGUUUUAGCCUGGGAACUGCAGUCAUCUUUAACUGUACUCUAGAAUUUCUACGUCUUCCCACAUUUGAGUGUUGUACAAACACGAGGUGUAAGUGAUUGGAAAAGCACAGCUGGCUGUGUGCACAUAGAAAUGUGUGAGCCAUUAGAAAAGUGAAGUUGAACUUCCUACAUUGGCUGCUGUGCAAACAGCAUCUUUUGGAAUUGCCCCAAAGGCCCAUUUAUUCUGACCUUAGUUAGACAUAGUGAGCCAAGAGGGAUCAAGACAGGAUGUUAGUGGUGGGAUGUCUGAACAUGAGGCUCCUGCCUCUGAGCACAUCCACCACUGCAGCAAGCAGCUGAUGAAGGCAGGGCUGCCCCUUCCAGUACAUCAGAUCCUCAGUGUGUGAAACAGAUACUGCUCUCUCCUCCCAAUGUUUUAUUUUUUAGGAAAUAUUUUUCUGGGCCCAUACUACAGUCCUGAAAUGACCCUAAGGUGGAAGUGACUGAACAACUCCAGUAAAUCAGACCUGUAACUUACUAUGUGUUUCUGGCCUCAUUUCUGUGCAUAGCUGUAACUACUCCAAAGGAGGAUUUACCUUCCCUUUAUUAAGAGGUCCUCUCUUACACGGACUGAGACUUGGUUUACCUAAGUUUUUGUACUGUUUAAAGAUUAUUUGUUCAACUACAAAUUUUAAAAUAGCUAUUUAGUGUCAAAGGGACUUUUUUGGAAAAAUCCAGCCAUAGUUUGUAUCAAAAUAUUAAGGCCAAACUUCAAUCUGUUGUUACAUUACUUUUAGGAACAGCUGUACACCCUCAAGUGAGCUCAUUAAGAAAAUCACAGUGCUUGAUGUCAGUAAAAAAAUACAUGAGAGACUGAAGCUUUAUGUUUUGUCCACUGUUGAAAAGAAUUUUAUUUCUAUUCUUCGAGUCAAUUUUUCAAUAGUUGCCAAAGUUCUGUGAUUUUUUUUCUUUUCUUUUUACUUGCAUCUCUUAUGCAAACAAGCUGAGUUUUCUUUGACAGCUGAUCAGUGUUGGGGGUUGUUUUUUUCUUUUUUCCUCUCCUCUUUGUCUGGAAUUUUUUCCCAUUGACAUGCUAAGAUGGUAGUGAUAGGGGGAGGUUCCCUGUCCCUUUUCGGAGUUUCUCUCGAAGGGCAAGGGCGGUUGCGGUUGCGGGGAGGAGGGGGAACACCAAGAGAUCAGGGGCAGGUAAAGGAGAGUUGGGGGCAGUUGCUCUCUCUUGCUCAUUUUGGCUCUCGGAAGGGGACAGCCGCUGGAAAACCUCUCCCUGCCAUCCCAACACAAGGAGCUGCCUUUCCUCGACUGUGGGACACUGCACCCCCCUGCUCGGACGCUCUCCUGCCUCAGCCUGCCACCUCCGAGCAUCCUGUUGGAGCACCGGGACCGACACUGCCGUAAGGAUCCGUGAGCAGAGCCUUCCCUCCAUCCCUUCCCCAUCCGGGACACAGCUGCCAUCACCCCCAGCACUCCUGCAGCUGCUCGGGAUUGCCACAUCUGCCCCUGCCCACCGGGAGCCAGCUGGCACUGACUGCCAGCUGGGAUGGGAACUGCACCACAGGGGAAAGGUCUCCACAACCAAAAGAACUGCUGCUGGGUUCCUGUUCUGUUUGUUGUUGAUUUCAUAGCUGUUGUUUUGUUUGCCUUGUUAUAUAUACAUAUACAUACAUACACACACACACACAUAUAUAUAUAUAUACACACAUCUCAGUAAAGAACUGUUGUUCCUAUCCCCAUAUCUUUGCCUGAGAGCCCCCUUAAUUGCAAAAUUAUACAAAUUCAGAGGGAAGGCUCUGCUCUUCCUUAGCACACACCUGUCUUAUCAAAACCAAGACAAUCAGUGUCAGUAAAUAUAACAUUAUGCAAGAUUUCAUGAAUAAUGCAAUGUUAUUGAGACACAUAGAAUUUAAUUUCUGGAAAUACUUUUUAGCUAAGGCUUUGAAUUACACAUUUUUUUAUGUAGUGCUUUUUCCAGUAGACCUGUUCAAGCUCAUCUGCUUGAUAUUUAACAAGGACAUCAUACAAGUGGUUCAGACUGAUUUUUAAAAAGUGCAUAAGGGUUUUUACAAGGGUGUGUGUGUGUGUGUGUGUGUGUCUCAGUCUGGACAAGUCAGUAACUCUUGGUCGUUGUUAGUUUUCUGUCCUCAUUUCUCACCUUUGCAAUGUUUGGACUUAACAACUGCAGACAGAGUUAACUAUUACUAAAAGGUAUUUCCUUUGGAAAUAUAAAUCCGUAGAGCUUUGCUGAUUUUUAAGGUUUAUGUGAGAGUUGCCUUUUCUAUUUAUUUGUUUGUGUUUGGUUUUUUUUCAAUGAAAACAGUUAUGGGGCCAAAAUCAGACUAGAAUCACUGGGAAAUAUGAUUUUACUUUUUGUAUUGCAUGGUGUAGAACAGAUAUGUGUUUUUGGUAUAUACUGAAAGAAAAAUCCUUCUUGGUUUAUCAGGGUUGUAGCAUAUUGCUAAAAAUUAUUUUUAUGAAAGCAGAGUAGAUACUUGAAGAAACUGGGAGGGGAACCUUCACAUAUUGAAGGAUCACCACUGGUUUUCUGCAGAUACCUGCUUGCCAAAGACUGGCCUUCCACUGACCAAUUCUGCAGAACUUAAAAGAAUUGCAAUUUAAAAGGUAACUGAGCAAGAGAUUCUGGCAGUGCAACAGAAUGUAUUGUCCUGGUGAGUGAUAGGAGUAUAUAAUGGAUAUAAUGGAGUGGUUAUAAUUGUGUACAAGUUCAUAUGUAUUUACUACAAAUAUAUAUUUGUGUUUGUGUGUACAUAUACACACAGACACACAAAUUUUAAAAUUACAUGGAGUGAUUUUUCAUCUCUUUGGAUUUUUUCACCUGUGCAUAAAGUGAAGUUUUGUUUGUGAUGUUAACAUUGUGCAGCAUGGCCUAAGAUGUGAAAUGCAGAGGGCAGGAUUUACCCUACUCAUAGCUGGCUGCUACAUGAGAUACUGACUCAGUGACCUGGCAACUUGA